UAGACAUAACUUAAUCUGGUUGAACCUGUGCUAAUUUCACAUUAUAUACUUGGUAUAUAUAUAUUUUUUAAACCCUUUUAUUUUAAGACAUUUAGUAAAUUGUACUAAAACUGUUAGUGUUUAGGGAAAAAAACCAGUUUUUCUAGUGCAUUCUCUCUUAAUCCUAUUUUGUGUCAUGAAGAUCCCUGCAGAGCAAGAGGCUCAAAAACUACCGAACAACUUCAGGCUCUGCAGAUGCAGUGCACCCAGAAACCGAGGCUGGCUGGCUUUUUGGUCUGUCCUGUUGCUCUUCUCGGUCGUUGCCGCCAUUACAGCUUUUCAACAUUUCCAUUAUGACAGCAAACAAAAGCAGGAGGACUUAACCAACAUCAAGACAGAGCACUUAACCAACAUCAAGACAGAGGAGUUCACGAUCAUCCUCCAAACGUACAAGCGAGAUAAUAUUCUCCUGAAGGUCCUCAAAAAUUGCCUGGCUGCACCUCAUCUCCAGAAGAUUAUCGUAGUGUGGAACAACAUUGGGGUAGCCCCUUCACAGAAGUUAAUUGACUCUUUAGGUCAACAUUCUAUUCCUGUUCUCUUUAUGGAGCAAACGCGUAACAGUCUUCAAAAUAGAUUACAACCCUUUGCUGAAAUUCACACUGAGGCUGUGUUGAUGCUGGAUGAUGACGUUCUGGUCAGCGUUCCUGACAUCAGUUUUGCUUUCAUCGUUUGGCAGCAAUUCCGAGAUCAAAUUGUUGGCUUUGUGCCCCGCAAACACGUUGAGAUCUCUCCGGGUGUGUACAACUAUGAAGACGUUGGGCUGACGCCUGGACAAAGAGGAGAGCGCAAAUAUUCCAUGGUGUUGAUCGGCGCUGCGUUCUUCCACCGUCGCUACUUGAAGCUUUACCGAGACCAGCCGAAGGCAAUGCACGAUCUGGUGGAAGCCGGCCACAACUGCGAGGACAUCGCCAUGAAUUUUGUUGUGUCACUGCACCUGAGAGAAAUCUGGGCUGACGGCAGGUCCGCGGGCAUUUAUGUCAAACCCAUGGACAUGCGCAACCUGGAGAUGCAAGCCAGCGGUGACUUCAAGGGCUUGUGGCACCGCUCUGACCACUUCAAGCAGAGAUCCGAAUGCAUCAACCAACUGACCAAAAUUUAUGGUGUCAUGCCUUUGCAGUUGUCCGACAUCAUCGUGAAUCAAUAUUCUCGGGUUAAAUAGCUCAGUUUACAGAUCAAUGUAAAAACUAAAUUUUCGUCGACAAAUAUUUUCGUUAUAGUCAUCGUUUAGGAAAAACAACAGUGGCCCCCCCACCAAAAAAUAACAUGUAUUUUUUUAAAUAUUUUUAUUUUUGCAAAAACACUGUAGAAGCUAUUGUUAUGAAUGAAUAGCAAAUUAUCCUUUUUGCACUUGUUGCAUUUUGUUCGUACAGUAACACAUGCGCAUUCAUAUCAUUUUCGUAAGCCUUUACACUCUGAGCAUUUUAUGUGAAAUUAGGGGUUAAUUUUCCUAUGAGUAUUUAUGGACUUGCACAUCUUUUUUAUUCCUAAAUCAUCAAAGGAUUAUGUCAUGAACUUUUUUCAAAAAUGUUUACAUUUUUGAAAGUGUCAUAACCAGUGUUGUUAAUAACGGCGUUACAAUAUAACGGCGUUACUAACGGCGUUAUUUUUUUCAGUAAUGAGUAAUCUAAUUAAUUACUUUUCUCAUCUUGGCAACGCCGUUACCGUUACUGAGGCGGGAAAGGCGUGCGUUACUAUGGGUUACUAAGUUGGUUAAAUAAAAAAAAAGUCUGAGAGAAACGGACUCACGGGGACGAGAGCAGAGCAGGAGUGGGGAAGACGCCGUUGCAACCGCGAUGCUAGAUGGCUCCAAUAAUACCUGACUGCAGCCAUAGCCGACAAACUACGCCCACAUGACACGGUAGAUAUCAUAUUAUAGAACUAGAUGCAAAUGACAGACACUGCUGCAUUGCCAACAUGUUUUAAGGACUACAUGCGUUUGUAAACAGCCGCCAUCUUAAAGCAGUAGACCUCUCAGGAAGGCCCUGAUGUAGAGAUCCUUCCUAGCGAACCUAAGUAAUUUUUUAAAAUCUAAAAUGCUCCUAAAUCGGCAAAAUCUUAACUUAAAUCUAUCUUUAAAUGAUGAAACAGUUUUAAAACUUACACAUGUUUAAAGUAGACAGAAGGGAACUAAUGCAAUAACGGGAGAAAUUUUAACAACUUUAACGAUUGAUUCACAACUUUAAAUGACUUCCACACAUAGCAAAGGUUACUAGCUAGUUAUCGCAAUACCCUUGUGUCUAGUUAAGUGGAGGGUAAAGAAUUGGGCUUGGGCCAAUUGUCCCCCAAACCCUUUAAGCUUCACAUUGUGUGACCUGUUUUUUUUUUUUUUUUUUUUUUUUGAGAAAAAAAAAAAUCACUAGUUACUUUGCCAAGUAACUAAUUACUCUUACAUUCAGGUAACUGAGUUACUAACGCAAUUACUUUUUGGGAGAAGUAAUUUGUAACUGUAAUUAAUUACUUUUUUAAAGUAAAAUUAACAACACUGGUCAUAACCAGAUGAAGUUGAAGAAUUCCAAAUGCCAAAUAUGGAAUACCACACACAUUGCUUGAUUACUAAUAAACUAUAAAUCUCAGUCAGGUUUUGACAACUAAUCAUAAAAAUUUAACAUCUUGGAUAUAAUUUGACUUACAGUAUUGCACAUAGAGAUUAAGCAAAUGAGCACGGAGUAAUUUACAUUCCAAAAAUUGCACUUCUUGACAAUAGUUUGUAAACAAUAGACAUGAUCGUCACAAAAAAACUUGAAAAAUAACAUUUUCUCAUUAUUUCCAUGAAAUGAAACUUCAUCUUUUACAUCUGGGAGGGGUCUGUUCAUGCCUCUGGCUCUACCUCUUGCCCUCUCAGCCCUUGGAGUUCUGUCACAAUCUGAAAGGUAAAAAAAAUGUAUUUCGUCCAUCUUUUACAAAAAGACAUUUUCACACUGCAUUUUCAAAUUCCAACAUAUGUAUCAUAAAAAAGUCAAAAAUAAUAAUGUCAUCUAGUUUAGCAUCCUAAAAACAGCAACAACAAUCUUUUUAAUUUUUUUUUUUUUGUCAUUGGUUACAUGGGCAAUUAUACAAGAUGUUAUUGAUUCAGCAGUGAGUGUUACUCUGUUCAAGGUAAGUCUGGAAGGCCCAAAUCUUAUCCAGUUUAACUGGAUCUUUGAUAUGUUCAUGAUAAAUUGUUCAUUUUAUUACCUUCUUUGAUGGGAUCCAUGUCACUGUUUAUCAACUCCUCUUCCUUCCUCUUGGAAUCCAUGUCCCCUCUUUCUGGAGACUCCUCAUGAGACUCGGCAUAGUUUACUGCUUUUACUCGCCUCCUACAGACUGGAUGGUCUUCUGGUGUUCCACACCUUCUUCUAUCCCUGCCUUGUCGUUGUGAUGCCAUAUUUUCAAUAUAAUUAUGAUCAGAAUUGAUUAUUCUAGCAGAGAGAUGACAUAAAACUUCACGGAUGCAAGAUGGCUCAACUGACGCGAACUUCGACUGGGUUUUUUCAGUCACCUCGGGAAAACUCAUUUAGUUAUGAUCUGACAAUGCUGCCAUCUGGUGUUGAAUGAAGAGCUACUAGUCAUUUAUAUACUGCCCAAAAUGACGAGUACAACAGAUGUUAUGGCCCAUAGAAAUUAAGGGGACACUGGUGUCCCCGAUUUUACAGUGCAGAGUGUAAAGGGUUAAACAAAUAGCCAUUGAAUUUGUAACACUGUUUGCCUCUUGGGCUUAGCACCAUAGAGCAAAUGAACCACCAUGAAGCUUUGAAUCAAAUGCCUUCAAAACUUCAUUUGGGUAUCACUGCUCAAUAUAAUCUCACUUUCCUUGGGAGAGACAGACAACCUCUGCCGCCACUGUUGUUGUAUAACAUGCCUCAUGCCUCUCAGCAUGCAUUGCAGCACUACAGAUGUAAAUAACAUUUAAACUUCAUGUCAUGUGCUUAUUAUUUAUUUAGUUAGUGUUCCAGUUGUUUCAUGAAUUGCUGGUUGUGCUGGGGGUACUCUCGACGUAAUUGGUAUUUUUCAAACUUGUCAAGCAUUUUUUUUUUCUUUUUUUUCUUUUUUUAGAACUUGCUUCAGGACAAGUACAUUUACUCAGAAAUUACAUGGUUUAGUGUUUUGAAUGUGACUUAUUUCAAAUUUAUUAAGAGGACAUUAAAUUUUACUCCAAUUCUGAAAUGACUAACAAGUUGUAAUGCAUUCACUGGACAAUGAUUUUUUUAAUUUUUUUAAGGUAAAUUGAACAAUUUGAGUUGGGCCAGACUAUUUAAACCAAAACCUUGUAUAAUCUGGUACAGACUGAGAAAAAAAAUGGUCCUGGGUGAGAUUUCUUGUUAUUUAAAGUUCCAUGAACACAUAUUUUAAUGUUUACUGUUCACCUAUGUCACACACACACAUACACUCCAUCACACUAUUGCUCUCCUCAUGUUUGAAAAAAAAAAAAACUCUCUCCCAACUGAGUCGGCAGAAUACUGUUGUCUCGACCAGACACUUUUAAUUUGGUCGGACCUUUUCUAAUUUGACCAUAAUAAAAUAAUUUAAAAAUAUAUAUAUAUAUAAGAUAUUUUGUGCAUUGUGCUAAUAGUUUUUCCAGUACGUCUUCUCUGAAUCUUGUAAUCAGGAUCAUGAACAUCUCAGCAAAGCAUGAGACAACUUCAGGUAAGCGCUCAAAUUAGGAGUCUUGUUUUGUGAUUUAAUCAUUUAUUAUUUUUUAAACAUUUGCAUGACAACACAUGUACAUUUGGUAUGAAAGCACAUUUCCUUCCUCCUAAAUAGUUUCUUACCACCUCUCCUGUAGCUCAGGCCCUUAAGACAAUAACCGUUUCAAUGUCUGUACUCUAAUUAUCCAUUAACAAUGAUAGAUUUAUAAUCCAGUUUAAUUUAAAAGGCUUCCAGGCCAUCACAGUUCAGACAGAAUGGACAUCUAUAGCCGUCAAUAGCACUGAAACAAUUAUUCACUGCCAGACCUCGGAUGGAUUGACAUCUGGUUCAUGAUAAUGAAACGAAAUUUUCACACAUUUGUACUUUUCCUCCUUUUAAGGUUAAAAGGUGAUACGCAGUCUUUGUCAAACAGUGACUAUACAUUUCUUGAAAUGCUAGAUUUUUAACAGUAUGCAGAUGCACUCUUUGUUUUGGCUUUUCCUACGGGCGCAAUGUGUUCUGUCUGCACAGUCUUUAUAUACUUUGUCGGCCAAGUAGCGAGUCCUUUAAUUCGUUCGAUAGAAUGCAUUUACUGAAAAGACAAUCCCUGAAACGUCAACCAAUCUCCAGCAUUUUGACAGAAUAUUGCGUUGUGACAAUGUCAUCCUAAUACAAUAGAAAUCCUCUUGAACCAAAAUUAAAAGACGUUUCUGUAAAAUUUGGGUAAAACCAUUUUUGACCCCACUCAUUUUUACCCACUUUUUUACCCAAUGUUUAUAUUGACUAAUUGAAUUGAACUGACUCUUUUUAUUCCAAAAAACAUUCAAAAAAUAAAGAUAAAAUAAAACGUCAGUCACACUUUUUACAUUUUUUUCUAAAUUCACCUAUAUAAGAGUACAAUGUUAUCCAGUGGUAUGAAAAAGUAUCUGAACCUUUUGGAAUUUCUCACAUUUCUGCAUAAA